CUGAUCUCUCCCCGUCCCCACCCCAGGCCUUGCCCCCUCCAUCCUCUGCACAGGAAGUGGGCUGGCCCUGGGGUUUUAGUCUUUGCCGGCCUCCUCAGCCAGCUGCUACCUGGGCUGCCUGAGUUGGAGGGAGUCAGAGCCGGGCUCCGGGGGAGAUGGCUGCGGACUCAGCAGCGGAGAGAUCCCGAGAGAGCGCACUGCGGCCCCAUGUCUCAGCCAGGGCUCUCUUCCCCAGCUCCCACCCGUGGAUGUGAUGGCAGCACCGGCUCUGUCCUGCUAUCUGUCCCUCCUUGUCUUCCUCCUGGCCCUGGCCAUCCCUCAGGGAUUCACAGCGGCAGAUGCAGACACUCCCAAGCUCACAUGCUUCUACAACUCAAAAGCCAACAUCUCCUGUGCCUGGAGCUGGGAUGGGGACCCACAGGCCUCGUCCUGCAAGAUCCAUGCUUGGCCAGAUAGACGGCCUUGGAACAGAUCCUGCGAGCUGCUCCCACUGAGCCCGGCGUUCUGGGUGUGUCACCUGAUUCUUGGAUCCCCAGAUGCUCAGAGUCUGACUGCAGCUGACAUUGUCAAAAUGAGCGUGAUAUGUCACGAAGGGGGGAGGUGGAGGACACUGAUGACCCAGGACUUCAAGCCCUUUGAGAACCUUCGCCUGAUGGCCCCCGACUUACUCCAAAUCACCCACGUCGGGACCCACAAAUGCAACAUAACCUGGAAAGUCCCGCAGUCCUCCCAUUACAUUGAAAGUUACCUGGAGUUUGAGGCCCAGACAAGGUCCCCAGGCCACAGCUGGGAGGAGGCCUCCGUGCUGAUCCUCAGGCAAAACCAGCAAUGGAUUUGCCUUGAGACACUUACUCCGGGCACCUUGUAUGAAUUUCAAGUGCGGGUCAGGGCCCACCUAGGCAGUCACAAGGCUUGGAGUCCCUGGAGUCAGCCCCUGGCCUUCAGGACGAGGCCUGCAGGGAAGCGGACUCCGCCCUUUCCUUGGUUUGGCCAUGUCACCGUGGGCAUUAGCAGUGCCUUCGGCUUUCUCAUCUUGGUCUACUUGUUGGCCAACUGUCAGUACAUCGGACCGUGGCUGAAGAAGGUUCUGAAGUGCCACAUCCCAGACCCGUCGGAGUUCUUUUCCCAGCUGAAGUCAGAGCAUGGAGGAGAUUUCCAGAAGUGGCUCUCCUCGCCCUUCCCCUCAUCAUCCUUCAGUCCCAAUACCCAGGCACCCGAGAUCUCCCCGCUGGAGGUGCUGGACCGGGACACCAAGGCCACACAGCUGCUCCUGCUGCAGCAGAAGGGGCCCUCACCCUCGGCCGAGACCAGCGGCCACUCGCUGACCAGCUGCUUCACCAACCAAGGUUACUUCUUCUUCCACCUCCCUGACGCUCUGGAGAUCGAGGCCUGCCAGGUGUACUUCAGCUAUGACCCCUGCACAGAAGAGUCCGAGGAGGGCGGGGCUGGGGCGCCUGAGGGGUCUCUCCUCCCACCCCUGCCGCCCCUGCCAGCAGAAGACGAUGCCUACUGCACCUUCCCCCCUGGGGAUGACCUGCUUCUCUUCUCUCCCGGGCUCCUGGGUGGCUCUGCCCGCCCCCACACCAUGGCCAGGGGCACUGGAGCCUGUGAAGAGAAGCUUCCCCCCUCUCUGCAGGAGGGAGCUCCCCGAGACUGGGCCCCCCAGGCCCUGGUGCCUCCCAACCCAGGAGUGUCUGACCUCGGGGAUAGCCAGCCACCGCUGGAGUGUGCCCUAGGAGAAGCAAGAGAGGAGGUCCCGGCCCCUGGCCCCAGGGAGGGGAUCGGCUUCCCCUGGGCUAGACCCCCCGGGCGUGGCCAGGUUGGAACCCCUGCCUCCUGCCUGACCCUGAACACCGAUGCCUAUGUGUCUCUCCAAGAGCUGCAGGAGCAGGACCCGGCUCACUUGGUGUAGACAGACCAGGCAGGCUGCUGCCCACUGUUGUGCCAGGCCCAGGUGAGGACUCUGUCCUCAAGGCU